UAAGCUGCAAUCGUCUCUUGGACUGCUUUAUUUACUACUGAACUUCAAUUGGCCCAUGUAUUUAUACAUUCACCAUGUGGUUCUUUGUCCACCCAAAAUGUAACUUGAAUUUUUUUGCUUUGGUAUGGUGUUGUUUUUGUCUCUGGCUAAUGAUAUCGCUCGUUGGAGGUGUACGAAAGUACUCGAGAAAUGAUAUGCAACGACUUCGAGAACGAGUUCGGCGUAUGUUUGAACAUGCAUACGACGGAUACCUGCGCUACGGAGCGCCAUAUGAUGAACUGCGCCCGCUGUCUUGUGAUGGCAUUGAUACUUGGGGAAGUUACUCGUUAACGUUGAUCGAUGCCCUAGACACGCUAUCUGUGAUGGGCAACUAUACAGAGUUUGGAAGGGUUGUGAAGCUGCUUCAUACCCGUUCAUUCGAUGCGGACAUUAAUGUGUCGGUAUUUGAAACAAACAUUCGCAUCGUAGGUGGCUUGCUCUCUGCCCACCUACUUUCACAUCAAGCCGGACUGGAAUCGUUAGAGCCAGGAUGGCCUUGCGCUGGUCGGCUGUUACAGAUGGCAGAGGAUGUUGCGCAACGAUUGCUUCCUGCGUUCGAUACCCCUACCGGCAUGCCAUUUGGCACAGUGAAUCUACGGCAUGGUGUUCCUCCCGGUGAAACUCCUGUCACAUGUACGGCUGGAAUUGGCACAUUUGUUCUGGAAUUCGGGACUCUCAGCAGGUUAACGGGUAAUCCUAUAUACGAAAAUGUUGCUAUGAACGCCCUUGCAGCUUUGUACGACCAUCGGUCAGCCAUUGGGUUGUACGGUAAUCACAUAGACGUGCUAACGGGUCGCUGGAUAGCUCAGGAUGCCGGAAUUGGUGCCGGUGUAGAUUCAUACUUAGAAUACCUGGUGAAAGGUUCAAUUUUACUUGAAAACCCGGCAAUUAUGGAUAUAUUUCAAGAGAGCAAAGCGUCGAUCGACCAUUAUUUGAAACGUGAUGAUUGGUACGUGUGGGUCAGCAUGACAAAAGGACAUCUAACACUACCUGUUUUCCAAUCACUUGAAGCAUACUGGCCGGGACUCUUGAGUCUGUACGGCAGCACAGCCGAAGCUUUGCGGGUACUGCACAGCUAUCAAGCGGUUUGGCGACAAUAUGGCUUCCUUCCUGAAUUUUACAAUAUUCCCACACGACAAGCUGGUACUAAUCGCGAAAACUAUCCACUGCGCCCGGAGCUUAUUGAAUCAGUUAUGUAUCUUUAUCGUUCCACUGGAGACCCAUGUUUACUGGAGGUGGGUGAAAACAUACUCAAAAGUAUUGAACACAGCGCUAAAACCGCUUGUGGCUACGCUACAAUAAGAAAUGUUCAAAGUCACCAACAAGAAGAUCGAAUGGAAUCAUUCUUUCUAGCAGAAACAACAAAGUAUCUUUAUCUUCUUUUCGAUCCACACAAUUUCAUUCACAACAAUGGCCGCGUUGGAAGUGUAGUGAGAGGGCCGAAUGCCGAAAGCGAAUGUGUUUUCGGUGCUGGAGGUUACAUUUUCAAUACCGAAGCUCACCCAAUCGAUCCGAUGGCUCUACGUUGCUGUGAAGCUCGCCACAGCAAUUAUUUUGCAGGCGCCGAACGACGUCGAGGUGAUAUCUUUCUGUCCGGUAGAACGAAAUCAUCAAACAGCGAGGUCAUUGCUGAAUCAAACGCACAUAAUGCGCACUCAGCUGCACCAGCUGAAGAGGAACAGAUAUCAACGAUCAAUGUCCCAAGCAGCAGCAGAGGCACAACGACUGAUAUAGGCGAACACGGCGAUAACAAUCAUGUUGCGACGCAGUCCGUCUCUUCAUCUUAUACUUCCAUCAACGAUGAUGCAGUUACGCCUGCAAAGGUUUCUUUUACUCUAUCAGGUCACGAUGACGAUGAAAGCGUGAUUAACUCGCAAACUGUGCUGUCGAUGAAGUCAGGUGUGGCUGGGGAGGACAGUUUGGACAUUUCCUCUUUGGAAGCAGAGGACAAGCAAAAGCCAGAGAAGCGAACAAUACCGCUAUCCCAAGAACAAUCUAACAAGAGUGGCACAGAUGAUAUAGAUACGAUUCAAGAAGAUGCCCAAGAAAACAAUCUCACAACUUCAACGCUUUUGCAACUUGUGCAAAACAUGUUUCGUUCGAAGAUUCAGUUAGGACGAUCAGCGAUUGACAAAGAAAGGUUCUAUCAAACUAGCAGAGAUAUUAAUUACAAUAAUUCAGCACACUCCAUCCCUGUUUUGUUAUCUUCAUAUGCGCCCCGCUAUGAUAUUCUAACAUGUCGAGCUCAAGCAUUUUUGAAUCGAAUUAUGCUGUUGGGAGAAUUUUACUAGCCAUUGCAACGCUAUUCAUCUCAAGAAAAUAUACAGAGCAUACUAAAUAUCACACAAAUAUUGUUUCUUUGUUACAACAACGUUAAUAUUCAUUGCGGUUGCUGUCAUGCGGUUUUUCAAUAGAGGACAUUACUCACUAACUGUAAUAAUUAUUUUUUUAAUAUGUAUUGGAAAAGGUCUGGUGUACUGUGAGCUUUUAAAACCUAAUGAAAUUUUUGAUGGACACCGCCAUUGACAACUAAUGCGUUUGAAGCUGUACAUAAAACAACCAGAAUGGAAUAAAAGACAUAAUAGACUGAGUUCUCAAGAUGACAACGCUCGAUCACAAAUCGCAAAACCGGUCAAAACCUAUUUCGGAAAUGUCGGACCAGCCGUAUUCACCAGAUGUUGUUCUUUUGGACUACUGCUUGUUCCGUUGCAUGAGUAAAGAUUUGGUACAACAGCGGUUCACUUCUUAUGAAAGUAUUGAAAAAUGGAUAUUUGAUUGGAUCGCUUCUAAAGAUGAGGAGUUCUGUCGAGUCGCUGAGCAUCAUUGACGACAAAGGGAAGCAGGCGUUGAAGAAACCUGGCUGCCGGAGGUGAUACUUUUUGCAAUCUGUCCACAGAUUCGUUGUGGAAAUCCUUCUUCAUUCUCACACAUGCGUCGGACGGCUUCGUCCACAAAGACUCCGCCGGGAUCUUCGAUCGCAUGUGGUUUCGAGGGCCCUCGAACUUAUCACAGCUUAUUAAAAUUAUGUUGAACAAACUUGUAGACUUAGUUACAUAUUUACCCGGCUACUACAACUGCCGGGAUGUCCUGCCCUGCAACAACUGAUUUAGGUUCUAUAUAACUCCUGCUUCGGUCGUCUCAAAACUUCAAAAAUGGAUAGCAAAGAAUCUUUAUCAAAUGAAUCUUAAGAGUGCAGACGUAUUUGAAAUGUUGACUGUGGCUUAUCGUAAAGCUAUUAAGACCAAAAGUAGCGUUUAUCGGUGGUUUUAAAUGUUGACAGAGAGCCAAGAAGAUGUGAACGACGAAGAGCCAAGUUCGGUCGAAUGUGAAGGUUUUGCUUACAGUUUGCUUCGAUUACAGGGGCGUGGUGCAUCAUGUGUUGUUGCCAAAGGGUGAAACGGUCAAUAAGGAAUAUUACCUUCGCCAUUUUGACCCCUACUCACACAUCGUUGUUUCUGCGCGAAUGUUUGGCCAAAAUAACACAGCAAUCUACAAAUACGGCCCGGUGUGUUCUUAAAAAAUUAAAAAAGAUCCGAUUAAAAAAAACACCAAUGA